UUUUCGUUUCCUAUAUAUUUGGUGAUAUAUGGUGUAACUAGAUUUGCAUUAACCUAAUAUAAUUAUCUCACUUUAAAUUAAUUUGUUCUGAAUAUGAUCAAAGUUGUUGUGCUUGUGUUGGCGCUAGUGGCGAGUCAUGUGUGGAGUAGUGCUACUAUUGGAGAUUCUGAUCAAGUCCAUUAUUGCAUAGAGAAGGAGAGACAAGCUCUUCUCAGCUUGAAGCAACGCUUUGUUGAUAAUGACAACACUCUAUUCUCGUGGACAAGCACUAGACGAGAUUGUUGCGCCUGGAGUGGUAUCAGGUGUGAUAACUUAACUCAUCAUGUUACAAGUCUUGAUCUUUCUUUUAAAGGAUUGGGUGGUGAAAUUGGUCAUUCCUUGGUUGAUUUGCAAUAUUUGAGAUACUUGGAUCUUGGUUUCAAUGAAUUUACUAAAAUUCCUGAGUUUAUUGGUUCUUUAACUAGACUCAUAUCUCUCGACUUUUACUUGAAUCCUAUUAUGUCCAUUCCUUCCCAGCUUGGGAACCUCACCAGGUUGCAAUUUCUUCAUCUAGGAGGUACUGAAUUUUCUUAUAUUAGUACAAAUCUUGAAUGGCUUUCUCAUCUCUCUUCUCUGAGAUUCUUAACGUUGACAUACAUCAAUGCAACUAAAUCCACAAAUUGGCUUCAUUCAAUAGAAAUAGCACCAUCUUUAACAAGUAUAGAAUUAUUCUACUGCCUAUUCCCACCAACAGAUGAUCAUAUAUUCACCUACAAAAAUUCUUCAAAUUCUCUCACCAAUCUUGAUAUUUCUGAGAGUACCAUACCUUCUAAAACAAUUCCUUGGUUGCUAAAUAUGAGUACCAAUCUAGUUAAUCUCACCUUCAGGGAAAAUAAAAUAGAAGGUCCUCGUCCACUUCCAAAUUCUUUCGAAAACAUGAGAUCUCUUGCACGCCUUGAUUUGACUAAGAAUGGAUUCGAAGGUGAGCUACCGAAAUCAUUGAGGAAUCUUUGUAAUCUUCAAGAAUUAGUAUUGAGGAAGAACAACUUCAAUGAAACAAUUUGUGAUGUUAUAGGAAGCCUUAUUGGUUGUGCUAAUAAUUUAGAAAUUUUGGAAUUGAGCCGCAACCAAUUUGAAGGACCACUGCCCAAUAUUUCAACAUUUAGUUCAUACCUUAGACGGUUGGAUGCCUCUAAUAAUAAGCUUAAUGGUACUAUGCCUGAAGGAAUUGGAGAGCUCCAACAACUCGAGUAUUUAGAUCUCUACUCAAAUUCUUUCAGCGGUACUUUACCUAAAAGUAUUGGUAAGCUACAACAACUCAAGGAAUUAGAUCUCUCCUCAAACUCUUUCACUAGUGCUUUACCUAAAAGUAUUGGUAAGCUCCAACAACUCAAGUAUUUAUAUCUCUACUCAAAUUCUUUCAGUGGGCUUGUGACUGAAGUCCACUUUCAAAAUCUUUCCAAAUUGAAAAUUCUUGAUUUAUCCGAUAACUCCUUAACAUUGAGGAUCAAUUCCACUUGGAUCCCACCAUUUCAACUAGAUAUUCUAUCAUUGAGGUCUUGCAAGUCAGGUCCACAAUUUCCUACUUGGCUCAAAACCCAAAUAAUUAUCUCAACACUUGAUCUUUCAAACUCUGAAAUUCAUGAUGAAAUUCCCAAUUGGUUUUUCAGUCAAACUCUGACAUUGGAUUUUCUAAAUCUAUCUUCAAAUCAUUUUCGUGGUCCUAUUCCACCAUAUCUAUCGAAUGUGGAGGCAUUGAUUCUUUCUAAUAAUAGAUUCAUUAAUCUAAAGACUUUUCUUUGUUACCCAAUACAUGGAUCAAUAAGACUUCUUGACAUUUCGAAUAAUAUGUUGAAUGGAAGUCUUCCUGAUUGUCUUUGGAAUACGAAGGAUUUGAUUGUUCUGAAAUUAGAUAACAAUAAUUUGUCUGGAGUAAUUCCGAGAACAAUUGGUUUGUUAUCUAAAAUUCAGCAUUUGCUUUUGGGGCAUAAUAAUUUUUCUGGAAAUCUUCCUUCACCCUUAAAGAAUUGUACAAAACUUGAAGUUCUUGAUGUAGAAUCAAAUAAUCUAGAAGGAAAUAUACCAUUUUGGAUUGGGGAAAGACUCACAAAUCUGAUUUUGCUUCGAAUAAGAUCAAAUAAUUUCUAUGGAAUUAUACCAUCAAAUCUAUGCCAUCUUCAAUUUGUUCAAAUAUUUGACAUUUCCAUAAAUGCUAUAUCUGGAUAUAUUCCUUCAUGCAUAAAAAGUUUCACCUCUAUGGUAGCCAAGGGGAACCAAUUUGAUGAUGAGAGGGACAUUGGCACAAUGGCUGGCGUUGUUUGGUUUGAUGUUAUUAUAUCGAUCAUGUGGAAAGGUAUUCUUCGUGAGUAUAGUAGCACUCUUGGAUUAUUAAGAGUGAUUGAUCUUUCAAGCAAUAAGUUGACUGGAAAAAUACCUAAAGAGAUGUUCAAUCUUGUUCAAUUGGUUCAACUUAACCUUUCAAGGAAUGAUUUGAAUGGUACUAUCCCUAUGGAGAUCGGGAACUUGACUAAGUUAGACUCUCUAGAUUUGUCCCACAACAAGCUUUGUGGUGUAAUUCCAACAAGCUUGGCAAGCAUAUCUUCUUUGUCGUUCUUGGAUUUGUCAAAUAACAAAUUAUCAGGAAGAAUCCCCACCGGCACUCAACUACAAAGUUUUGAUGCUUCGAUGUACAUUGACAAUGAUGGAUUGUGUGGACCUCCAUUGACCAAAUCAUGCGUUGGAGAUGAGUCACCAAAUGGUUCUCGAGAUCACUCGGGUGGUACUGAAGGUUCUUUUAACGAUGAAGAAGAAUGGUUUGACAUGUCAUGGUUUCAUAUGGGAACUGGGGUUGGAUUUGGAAUUGGAUUUGCUGGAGUUUGUGGUAAUUUAUUACUCAAUGCUUCUUGGAGACGUAACUAUUUCCAUUACAUGGGCACCAUUGGAGAUUGGCUUUAUGUGACCAUUUCUAUCAAAACAAAUUUAUUGAAGAGGAGGUUCCUUAAUUAGAAGAAGGUGUAGCUUUGAAGUUUCAAGAGUUUGCAAUUGGAAGUAUCAAGAUGUUUAUCCAUUAGAUUAUGGCUCCAAAUAAAAUCAUCAUCUUUAUUUAGUAUUUGUAUCUUUGAAUGUAUUACAUAAAAGGAUUCUCUGCGUGAUUUACUUGUGAAUUUAUUAGUGUUUUAAUUAUUGUUGUUUAUAAAGUUAGAUUAUAUAUAAUUUCCUAAACUGA